AUGGCUGACCAACUGACUGAAGAGCAGAAUGCAGAAUUCAAAGAAGCUUUUUCACUAUUUGACAAGGAUGAAGCAUUCCGUGUGUUUGAUAAGGAUGGUAGUGGCUAUAUUAGUGCAGCAGAGCUCAGCCAUGUGAUGACAAAUCUUGGAGAGAAGUUAACAGAUGAAGAAGUUGAUGAAAUGAUCAGGGAAGCAGAUAUUGAUGGAGAUGGUCAAGUAAACUAUGAAGAGUUUGUACAAAUGAUGACAGCAAAGUGA